AUGGUAACCCCUGCUAACAAGAUUAUAUCCAUUCAGUCACAUGUUGCGCAUGGGUAUGUUGGCAACAAAGUUGCUGGUUUUGUACUACAAUGCCAGUAUUGGGAUGUGGACUUGUUGAACACUGUCAACUUUUCCAAUCAUACCGGCUAUGGAAGCUUCAAAGGCCAAGCAACAACCGGCGAACAAGUUCUAUCUCUUUAUGAAGGCCUGCAGGAUAUCAAUGUCCAAUACGACGCGAUGUUAACAGGUUACAUUCAAGGAGCAGAUGGAGUCGAGGCGAUGGGCAAGGUGUGCUUGGAUCUGAAAGAACGAACCCCAGGUAUACUAUGGUUACUUGACCCGGUGAUGGGAGACGAAGGAGAGCUAUAUGUGAGCGCGGAUGUGAUUCCCGCUUAUAGACGCAUCUUGGGCUACAAAAAAGUCGACAUUAUAACGCCUAACCAAUACGAGGCUGAACUACUUGUUGGUUUUAGCAUUAACAACACUGAUGAUUUGAGGAAAGCCUUAAAGGUCUUUCACGAGGAUUUUAAUGUUAUGCAUGUGGUCAUCUCCACCUUUUCGUUCACUAAGAAUAAGGAUUUUUUCUACUGUGUCAGUUCCACCAAAACCUCUUACAAGAAGCCUAAUUUUUUCAAGAUACCAUACAUGGACAGUUAUUUCACGGGAGUAGGAGAUCUUUUUUCUGCUCUUCUGGUUGACAAGAUAUAUAGACUGCCCGGUGGAGAACCCAUAGAGCCUGCAGUGAGCAACGCUUUGACAAUCAUGGAGAAAGUGUUGGACGUUACUCGACGGCUGUGCGUAGAUAAACUUGGCGUUGCCGUACAAGGAAAGAUCGGAGAUGCCGAGACCAUGAAGGAGUGCGAACUUAGAAUCGUAGAGUGCCGGCAAUUCUACACGAUGAAAGAUAGAAAUUUCAACUGUGAGACAAAGAUUUUAACUGAUUCACAAGCAUAG